GAAAGACCGAGACGGGAUGGCGGUUGAGUCAAGCUCGUUGUGCGAGCGGCUGGAGGAGGCGGAGGCGGCGAGCGAGAUGCUGAAGCGGGAGAACGAGAACCUGGAGGCGGAGCUGGUUGCGGCGCGCAAGUCACGAGACACGUACUGGAACCACAGCAUCGCGCUGUACCAGGAAAAGACGAGGCUGGAGGAGCAGCUCGCGAUGAUGAAUAAGAUCACAAGCACCAUGACUGGAUCCACAGCUAGGCAAAGGGCAGCAGCGCGUCACUCCUUAGCGGGUACAGCAGGCACCCCAACUAAGCAGGGUCCGAAUCGGGGGACCACACCCACGCGCACUCAAAACCAACAUCAGCAGAACCACCAGCAGCAGAACCAGCAGCAGCAGCAGUUUCAAAACUACUCCAACCCUCUCCAGGCUCACAUAUCCUCGAACCCCCCAUUGCCUCAGUUUUCAUCCUCGAAACUAACAGAUCCGCUUGAGCUACCAUUAGACUACUCCUUCCAUGACAUGCAGCCUACAAUGAACCAGCAGUUUCCAGGGCCCCCAGGCGCCCCUUGCUUGUCGCCCACCCGAGCCGACAAUCCAUCUGUGAGGAGCUUAGGCGGGCGAGAAAGCAUGUCUGGAGGUAGAAUUGUCGGAUCAGGGGCAGGGGCAGGGGCUGGGGCAGGGAGUGCGGCUGCAGCGACAGCAUUGAGGAGGCAAUCAGAGAUUCCGAGUGGGUUGAUUCACUCUUCAGGCAGGCAGCUUCAGCAGCAGCAGCAACAGUCACAGCAGCCGCAGCAGAACCAGCAACAGAAGCAGCAGGCAACACAUCCGCCCAGCCUCAUCCCCUCUCCUGCUUCUUCAGCCCGGCUCAACUCCGAACGAUCCUCCAUAUGCAGCUCCCCACGAAGCCCUGUCAAAGCAGGCUCGGGGGGAGGCGGAGGAGGGGGCAGAGCAGGAAGCGGAGGAGGCGGAGGCGGAGGCGGGGGAGGGGAGGGAGAGGGGGAGGGGGAGGGGGAGGAGGGGAGGGGGAGGAGGGGGAGGGGGUAGAGAAGGUGGGCUGGAUGGGAGCAGUGAGUUCAUGGAUGAGAAUUAUAAGUCCGGGGUGUCCUGGGGAAGUGGGGGGAACGAUGUGGGGGAGUCAGGAGAGGAGGAGUCUGUGGGGAGUACCACCAUGAUUCCACAGUUCACUGGCAGCAGCAGGCUGCCUGUGCCUAAUGCAGUGAACAUGAGCCGUGCUGGUAGUGGAGGGAAGGUUUGGCGGUAGCAAGGAGAAGUACGAUGCUGUGUAUCGCCGUGGGAGGUAGCGGAAUGAUGUGGGGGAGUCAGGAGGGGGAGGAGUCUGAGGAGUACCACCAUGAUUCCACGCUUCGCUGGCAGCAGCAGGCUGCCUGUCCCGGCUGCAGGGAACAUGAGUCGUGCUGGCAGUGGAGGGAAGGUUUGGCGGUAGCAAGGAAAAGUGAAAUGUUGUGUAAUCACCGUUGGAGCUGCGGAUCGAUGUGGGGAAAGUCAGGAGAGGAGGAGUCUGGCAGCAGCAUGCUGCCUGUCCCUGCGGCAGUGAACGGUGCCCGUGCUGGCAGUGCAGGCAAGGUUUGGCGGUAGCAAGCCUUUGAGAAAAAGAAAAGGCACCGUAUCAGCUUUGGAGGCAGGGGGGGGAGUCAGGAGGGGAGGAUUCAGGAGGGGAGAACCAAAGGAAUGGGUUCCAGGGUGCACUGGCAGCAGUAGGCUGCCGGCCUUGCCUGUCCCUGAUGCUGUGAACGGUGUCGUUCUGGCAGUGGAGGCAAGGUUUGGCGAUAGCAAGGUACUCCAGGUUUGGCGAUGAUAUUGUGGAGAUCGUAUGCGCUUUCUGCAUAGCUUGCAAUGAGCCCCUACUUUCACCGUCUUCUACAAUUACGACGACCAGUAUGGGGCAGGUCGGUGCAUAUGAAAGGAGUGCGCAGGUAUCAUGGUACUGACCUCGUGCAUCGGGAAUCUUGUGAAUGGUCUCCUCUCUCAGAAUAACGCAAUGACUAGAAAGGAGAGUACAGGGUGAUUUUGUGCUAGUGUGUUAUACCCUCUAAGAAACAUGCGCCUAUCUAGCCUAUAAUAACAUAAACAAAUACGU